AUGGCAAUUCUAGGUCCAGGAAGUUGGACAAGUCUGAGGUGGACACCCACUGCCACUAGCACCAUGCAUAUUAAACGAAGAAGUGCCGCUUUUGCCGCUCUGUCCCCUCGAAGAAAUGACAAUACAGUAAACUGGGUUGAAGCAACUAAUAGCUUCUUCGAGAAAGACUCAAGACCAAUCAUGUUAUUUGAUGGGGUGUGUAACCUAUGUAAUGGAGGUGUAAGGUUUGUGCGGGAUAAUGAUGGAAAUAGGAGAAUCAGGUAUGAGGCUCUCCAGAGCGAGGCAGGGCGAAAACUGCUAAGGAGGUCCGGAAGAGCUCCUGAUGAUAUAUCAAGUGUUGUACUUGUUGAAAGAGAUAGUUUGUGCCUCUUGGUGUAUCGUUGGGGCCUUUGCCCACCACUCCAUUCCCCACUCUACACAGAAGGCCACACCAGUAUAAACCUGUCCUUGGGUGAUCUCGAUGGGUCCAGCCCUCACCAGCAUACUCUUGUUUUGGACUCUAGAGAUAUGACCAAAGUUGUUAGUGAGCUUCACUCCCGUUAUUUGUGGAAAGUCAAAUUUAGAUUUGGUUAUCUAGGAAGCAUUAUGGCUAAAGAUUAG